AUGACUGCUGAAAUGAUACGGGACAAGAAUGCGUCUUACUAUACGCUACAGUCACUAAUGUCAGCAUUGAUUUCAGUUCCUGUCAACAAAUCGACGUGGGAUCGGCGUGAUGAUCUGGUUGUCGUCUCUAUAUGGCUUCUGAUGUUGAGUUAUGCUUUGAUUUCAAAUGUCCUAAUUCUUGUCGGAAUAGUACGAAGUUCGAUGAUGCGUUCCGCCACCAGGCAAGUGCGCAAUACUUUUUGUACAUUUCAUCCCUCUUAUUGGUUUAUUAUUUCGCUCGCUAUGUGUGAUAUUGUCAUGACUAUUAUUUCAUUAAUUCAUCUUGUACCAGCGACGGCAUUUCACGACGCAUACGUCGAAUUUUAUUCCCUGAGAAAUAUUCUCAUGAUAUUUUUCUAUGAUCUGUUCUGGUAUACGGGAGUCGUUCAACUUGGUCUUAUGGCUGGUAAUCGGUUUGUCUCUAUUGUAUACCCUAUGGAGUACAAGAAUAUGUUUUCCCGUAAACGGUCGCUGUAUCUCAUACUGUUCGGUUAUCUUCUGGGUUUUUUGGUGUCCCUGCCAACAUUGUUCCCUUGCUGUCAUACACUAUGGAACUCAGACUACUAUAUUACAGUAUACCAACCAAUGGACACCUGGUACAAAUAUGUGGAUAUGAGCGUAAACAGUAUAUCACUAUUUAUGAUGAUAUUGUCGUAUGCAGUCAUCAUCUACAAAGUUCGUGAAAGCGGUAGAGCACUGGCAAAAUAUCAGUUGACUAUACGAACACGUCAACAACGAGCACUCGUUUCCGGAGUCUCGUUGUCGUAUCAGGUGAACGGCUGUACGAGAGUGUCCUCCGUACGACCACCUCGAAGUCAAGUCAGUAAGAAAGAAAUGCGACUUUUUAUUCAGUUCUUCGUCGUAUCACUGGUUUUUCUGGUUACAUGGACAACAUGGCAAUGGCUUCCACAUAUGUCCGGCUCAAAAUGGGCUUAUUUUGUCAUGACGUCGUUGUUUUUCAUCAACAAUUCAGUUAACCCUACCGUAUAUCUUCUUUUCAAUACACAACUUCGUAGAGAACUUCAUUAUCUCCUAUGUCGACAUCGUGCCAUUUCAUCCGUUCAAAGCAAGCAACGACGAAGUUUAUCCACAAAGAGUGCUGCUGGCAGAUCAGCAAACACUAAAGUCAAGGUAAAAGAAAAGUUGGCCAAGAUUCCAAAAGUAGUGUUAGAAAUACAAUGA